AUGACAGUAGAUCUGAAGGCUUCAGUCCAGGAGCUGGGAAAGGAGGCAGUGCUCUUGGGAGAAGCAGCAGAGGCCCCAGGCUUCCAGUUAAAGCCAGCAGAGUCCCAGCCAGUGGGCAUGUCCCGGGAGGAAGAAGUUCGGAAUAUACACCUGGGUCUACAAGAGCUGCCGAGCAGCAAUACCAACAAAGCACCUGAGCCUGUAUGUGAGAGGGUGAUACCUACUUACCAGAUACCAGCCCUUCCCGAGCAAACAAACGUCAAAGACUGGACAGUGGCACCUGAGUUCAUCUUGCCUGAGUCCCAGAGUUUGCUGACAUUUGAGGAAGUGUCCAUAUACUUUUCCCAGGAAGAAUGGGAGCUACUGGAUCCCACUCAGAAGGCCCUCUACAACGACGUAAUGCACGAAAACUGUGAGACUGUCAUCUCUCUAGAAUUAUUUCUGCUCCCCAAACCUAAAGCGAUCUCCUGUUUAGAGCAAGGGGAAAAGCCAUACAUUCAAGGAUCUCCAGUGUUCAAAGACAAUCUUGGAGAGCUGCUUUCAGAGAUAAAGCUGAAAAAUGACAUGGAAAAUCAUCAACCUAUGUGUCUUCCUGACUUAGAAAUACAAGCACCAGGAGACAUAGUAUCAAAAAAAGCCAGUGUGAAUGUUCAUCAGAAAACAAUGGGCAAAGAAAAUCAUGAUGAUUUGCAUAGGCUGAGGAAAUGGCACCAAUAUUUACCAGUGAAGGAAAGAAAGAAACUUUUCAACUGGUGGGAAGAAGAGCUGCUGAAAUUUAUGAGCUUCAUAAGAAAGAACGUGCAACAGAGAAGCCUUUUAAAUGUCAGGAAUGUGGAAAAAGCUUCAGAGUUAGCUCUGACCUUAUUAAGCACCAAAGAAUUUGUCAGGGGACAUUUGACUUUAAGGAAUCCAAUAUGUUGCCAUUUAUCAACGAUUCUCUGUUUCUUAUCAGUUCCUAUUCCAGGAACGAAUGAAACAGCAUGUACGUUGUUCCCAGGACUGAGGUCAUAG